AUGCAGCUGGUCCGAUGCCUCGUGGUUGCCGCAGCCUACCUCGUUCUGCUCGCGGGCCCUGUCUCUUAUGCAUCUCCGAAGCUACUGCCGUUUUCACAAGAGCGGAAUGCAACUCUAAUUCGUUUCAUCAAAUGGUUCUUGGCGCUUUGGCUGGUUCGUGAGGUGAACGCGGUCCUCAAUAGCUGGGCGGAGAAUAGGUGGAUGUGGAAGAGUGACAAGAGCUCAUGGGACUGGAAGAACGAAAUCGCCGUUAUCACCGGAGGCUCUAGAGGAAUUGGGGCCAUGCUGGCGAAGCGAUUGGUGUCGCACGGCGUUAAAGUUGCUGUUCUAGAUGUUGAACCAUUGUCCGAUGACUUCCAGGACGAUGAGUGCAGGUUGGUCAGCUUCUACCGAUGUGACAUUAGCUCCCGGGAUGCAGUCCACAUGGCUGCUGAAGCAAUCCGCUCAGACCACGGUUCUCCAUCCAUUCUAGUUAACAACGCCGGAAUAGGCAAUGCCAACAGCAUCCUGGAAGUCUCGCCCGAGCGUCUCAGAGCCAUGUUCGACGUCAAUAUCAUCAGCCACUGGAAUACCGUGCAAGAGUUUCUUCCCGACAUGAUUGAAAAGAGAAAGGGCCACAUCAUGACUACCUCAAGCAUGUCUGCUUUUCUGGGUUUCGCCGGAGCGGUCGACUACGCAAGCACGAAAGCGGGUCUAACAGCAUUCCAUGAGGGGUUAACACAAGAGCUGAAGCAUCGCUACAAGUGCCCGCAAAUCAAGACAACCAUAGUCUACCCGACAUGGACUAGGACUCGGCUAAUCACGGCAAUUGAAAAGGGAAUACAGAGUACGAGAGCUCCUAUCAUGGACACUAAAGAUGUCGCCGACGCCAUGGUCAACCAAAUCAUAGCUGCAAAAAGUGGACAGCUGAUUUUGGGGCCAAGCAUUGCAGCUACGGUCCGGGCCCUCCCCAUAUGGCUACAGGAGCUCGUUCGCGACCACAUGGCGCACGUGGUCACAGUAAACGCGACGACUGCUGUGGCGUCUUCUCGGUAA